CACCACCCGUGGCCAAGAUCGCAUUCAGUGCGAGAUUCGAGCAUUUAAGCCGCUGGUUUUCAGCUUGUUUAUGGUCUUGUCGAGAUGAACACUUGGAGUGUGGAUCAAGUAGUGGAAUGGAUCAAAUUCAUGGGUCUUGGUUUUCAUGAGCGAAAAUUUAGAGAAAAUGACAUAUCUGGAGACGUGCUGGUUCACGCCGACCACAAUAUGUUGAAAGAGCUCGACAUCAAAUCGGUUGGACACCGCCUUAACUUAUUACGCGCAAUUUACGGUUUGAAGAUAUCGCAGGGUAUUCCCUUCGAUCAGGAUGACUGGGUUCCAGAAAGUAGCUCCUGGGCUUCUCCAGGAUUGAAGCAGGGUGGUACAUCAAGUAGAGCUGACGAUAAAUCAGAUCCUGAAGAAUAUGCCCGCCUGAAAGCGGUCGUAAAGCAACAAGAUCAGAGCAUUCAUCGCCUUGCAAAGGAGAUUGAGCACUUGUCAGCUGAGAUUGUCCGGAUAAGAGAGGAUCUGUCUCCGGUUUGGUCGAUGGUGAAAGAGUACGAGGAAUUUGAGCAGAAGAAGAAAUCCGGCAGAAAUGAUACAAAGCGAUCAUUAAAGUUACCAACAUCUGGGAAGGGAGUAGCCAAGACACCAUCCAAGUUACCGUCAGCCGUCAAAGUCCCAAGCAACACGCUUACCGCGGAAAUAUCUUCGGCACCGAAUAGUUCGCGCCCUGGCCGGAGUGGCAAUGUGUCUGCUGUCAGAAUUUACACCGAUAGGCAGAUGAAUCGCGAAAAUGAACCGUAUAAAACAGUACAGGUAUCGAUGGAGGAUACUUGUGCGGAAAUCUUACCUGAAAUUCUUCGCAAGUAUAAAAUACGUAAUGACUGGCAACACUAUGCGCUGUUCAUGCGACAUAAAGGCUCAGAGCGCUGCUUAAGCUUCGACGAGAGGCCACUUGCCCUUAUCCAGGACCUCAAGGAUGAGAGUACCGUGCCCACCUUUACCUUGAAACAUAUCAAGCAGGUGACAUCUCCCGCGUCACGGUUGAGCGAAAACCCAGUCAUUUCCAGCCGCGGUGCCGACAUGCCACCAUCUGGCGUUGAAGCAGAUCGAGAACACCUGCCUAACGCAGUGGCGGUUUACGAGUAUCAGGCGACGUUGGAGGAUGAAGUGGACGUAGCGAUUGGUGAUCGAUUUAAAAUCGUGCGACGGGAGAGGGGCUGGUGUAUUGUGGAAAAGGAAGGAAAGCUAGGAUGGGUACCGGAGGGUUGUUUGGCACAGAGCGAACGAGAUGACUUCAAAACUGCGGAAGAUCCUGGGGUGGCAACACAGAAAGGAGUUGCGCUGUAUGAUUACACCAAAAUUUCACCAAAUGAGCUUAGCAUUAAGAAGGGAGAUCAGCUGUUGGUUAGAAACAAAUAUGAACAUUGGUUGCUGGCCGAAUGUAGGGGUGAGAGUGGGUGGGUCCCCUCCUGUUAUGUAACGAUUCAUGAAGCCGGUGAUACGGAAGAUGCGGAAACACUUGGGAACACGGAUAAGGAAGAUUUCAGCAUCCUUCAGAACCAAGCAGUCGCAGCCUCCCCCAUAGCUCCCCAAGAUGAUGAUCUCGAUAUGACGUCCGGUAGCUUGUAUAAGCGGCAACAGGUGGGACAGUCCACCAGUAUUCGCAGGUCGAUGAGCACCGAAGACAUUACAACCAUGGCCGAUAAGACGAAAUCGGCGAUUACUCGUUCACGCUCCAACACACUGACCGCUGUAUCGAAAUUGAGCUCACUCAUUGAUUCAAUUAAUCCGUAUAUUGGAGCCGACAUGAAAGGCCCUCGCAGCGCCCCCGCGGUCUCUGGCAGCGGUGCAGAUCGUCUGAGUAGUGUGCUACAAGAGAUAACCGGUAUAUUGCUGACCUUUCAGAAGGAUACCGUAGAUGAUCCGGUCGAGAAUCGGUUGCACACUUCAUUGGAACUUGUAGGGAUUCUGGCAACAGAAGUUGAAACCAGUGCUAAUCUGAUGGAGGACAACGAGAAAUAUGGUGCCAUCCUCGAACGCCUUCAGGGAGCCGCACAGACGGGUAAGAUGACGUUAGCACGUCUGAGCAACGAGCAACUAGCACAGGAGGCAGAUAUAGAUGAUGAUAACACGCCCCUGUAUCAAACCGCACGCAAUGCCAAUAUGCGCAAGGCGUCUAUUGAGAAUGCAUAUAAUGCCUUGACUGGGGCCGUGGAUAUCAUCAUGCGUGAGAGAUCUGAACAAGACUGGAGGCAUGACGAGACCACCGUUACUGCAAAUAAAACGGACGCAUUUGUACAAUAAAUAUAAACGCUGCCGCAUCUUUGUCAUCAAGGCUGAGGUAUAGGAUUCUGUUGCA